AGGGAAACGCCGCCAUUAAUGUACGUUUCCUUACGUCACACGUAAGUCCAGAGGAAAGAAGCAUGGCCGCUGUGUUGAGAGGGUCUCGAUACCUAGUUGGAAGGUGUUGCAGAAAUGUUGACUUUGCGUUUGUCUCCACAAGGUCUAUGGCCUCAAAGACUCAGGUGGGGUUUGUUGGACUGGGUAAUAUGGGAAACCCUAUGGCAAAGAACUUGCUAAAGCACGGCUACCCAGUCAUUGCUACGGAUGUGUUCCCGGAGUCCUGCAAGGAGCUGCAGGAGCUGGGAGCUCAGAUUAUGGAUAACCCUGCUGAGGUAGCAGACAAGGCUGAUCGCAUUAUAACCAUGCUCCCCUCUAGUCCCAAUGUCAUCGAUGUGUAUACUGGACCCAAUGGCAUUCUCAAAAAGGUGAAGAAAGGCUCCCUGCUCAUCGACUCCAGCACCAUUGACCCAUCUGUUUCCAAAGAGAUGGCUGCUGCUGCAGAGAAAAUGGGGGCAGUAUUUAUGGAUGCACCUGUAUCAGGAGGUGUUGGUGCUGCCAGUUCGGGUAAGCUGACUUUUAUGGUGGGAGGAGCAGAAGAGGAAUUUACUGCGGCCCAAGAACUUCUGAAUUGCAUGGGAGCUAAUGUGGUGUACUGUGGUCAGGUUGGAACUGGACAGGCUGCUAAGAUUUGUAACAACAUGCUUUUAGCUAUUGGAAUGAUCGGGACGUCAGAGACGAUGAACUUGGGAAUCAGACUUGGUCUUGAUCCAAAACUGUUGGCCAAGAUCCUGAAUAUGAGUUCAGGUCGGUGCUGGUCCAGUGACACCUACAACCCUGUGCCUGGAGUCAUGGAGGGGGUCCCCUCUGGGAAUAACUACCAGGGAGGCUUUGGCACACAGCUCAUGGCCAAGGAUCUAGGCCUUGCACAGAACACAGCCACCAACACAAAGACUCCGGUCCCUCUCGGCUCUCUAGCUCAUCAGAUCUACCGUAUGAUGUGCGCACGCGGCUACGCUGCUAAAGAUUUCUCCUCCGUGUUCCAAUUCUUGCGUGAGGAGGAGGGCCAGUAAUACUAGCCUCCACCCCGUCCACAGCCGUGCCAGGCCCAUCCCUGCACAGGACUAACAUAGCGUAGUUAGGGUGCAUUUCACCCUGAGGACUGUGUUCUUUAUUUUUUUAAACUUGUAAAAGAUAUGAGGCCUACAGAGCUCCAACACAGCGUGACAGAUCAUGUGUGCACUUCUCUUCUAUAGGAAAUCAUGUUUCCUGUGUGAUUCCUUUAAUGCUACACUCCUUUCAGUUCUAGAGGUGGAAGAAUUUUCAGAUCUAUGAGAUUAAAAACAUUGUCUAUCAGUGAAGGAUCUGAAUAUCUGAACAGUUUGGUGGGAAUCUGGUGUUAAGACAUCUCAUCUCUUUGUUACGGCUAAACAACUGCAAAAUACAGUUUAGUCUUCACAUAUUUAUCGAUUAUUUUUAAUUUGUUUUUUUCUUUUCUUGGGGUUAUUUUCUUGACAUUGUUACUUAGGGGUAAGAUUGUAAUAUCAUAUCCUGCUAGAAAAUAAAGACAGACUGUGAUGUCUUGAACUUCUGAA